AGAAGCAAAGAAAGAAAAGAAAGGAAAACCAAAAAAAAAAAAGAAGGAACAAUGGCGAUCAUGGGAGGAGAGGAGAGGCGAGUCACCAGCGGCGGAGAUACGAUGGAGCAUUCGUCGCGGAAGGAAAUAAGUCCGACUCAGUACAAGGUCAUAGAGACCGUCUUCAUGACCGCAUUCGGCGGUGUCAGCGGAGCUGUUUUGGGCGGUAUAGUAGGAACGGUCAUCAUGGCCCCAAUGGCCCGGCGUUACCCUCGAGCCCUAGCCGCACUGAGGCGAACUCAGUAUGCUCGUUCGUAUGCUCUGGAGGGUUCAGCAGUUUUAGCUGCAUGGUUUGGAAUUGAAUCCAUAAUGAGAGGAAUCAGAGACAAAGAUGAUCUUACCUCUGACAUGGUCUCAUCAUCGGGUGGUGGGUUGGCAUACUCUUUUGCGAUGAAAGGCUUGAAAGGACAACCUGCACACGCACUCUUCAACUCUGCUUAUUACGCUGCUUUUUCAGGAACAAUUGAGACAAUCAAAUCGCGUAAUACCCAAGACGCCUUUUACACAGAGACAAGAGCUAUGCUAUCGAAGCUAGGCCUAGAGGAAUACGAGAAGAACUUCAAGAAGGGACAUCUCACUGAUCCCACUUUACCAUUGCUUACUGAUAGUGUCCUACAAGAAGUUAACAUUCCACCAGGGCCAAGGCUUUUGAUACUAGAUCAUAUCCAGAGGUACAAUAAGAUGGUGAACCGCAAGUGAGGAAAGCAGUCUAAAUUUUGGUGAUGACUUGGAAGUAGUUGUGUGACCUAAUAUUGGUAGUCUGUAAUAAUAAUCUUUACACUUUAUUCAAAGCCAAGAACAUAACAUAGCUUUA